AUGACUGAUUGCCUUUCUUAUUUCUCUAAAUCUCUGGCUAAAAUUAAUCCUAACAAGCUAUUUGUAAUUCCCAGCUGGAUCCCAAAGUUAUCUGAUCCUGAAGUUCAAUUUAACCUUGACCCCCCAAUCUAUCAACAAAUUACGAAUGUUAUACGCAAAAUGAAAUCGUCUGGUUCUCCUUGCCCUCUUGAUCAACUUUCUAUAAUAAGUUUCAAGCAUUGUCCUUAUCUGAGAACUUACCUUACUGAGCUAAUUCACGAUAUUUGGCUAUCUGGAACUGUCCCAACUGAGUGGAAAAGAGCAUGUACCAUACUAAUCCACAAGAAAGGCAACAAUAAUGACCCUUCAAAUUUCCGCCCCAUAACACUCGAAUCCAUACCUUUAAAAGUAUUUACAUCUUGUCUUCGAAAAGCAGUAUACUCCUUCCUUCCAUCUAAUAACUUCGUCGAACACAACGUACAAAAAGGCUUCACCCCUAACCUAUCUGGCACUCUAGAACAUACUGCACAAAUGGCUGACAUUAUUAAUAAAGCUCGGAUCAGACAACGCUCUGUUGUCAUCACCCUACUUGAUCUUAAGAAUGCCUUCGGCGAAAUCCAUCACAACCUCAUCCAAUCCGUACUUGACUACCACCAUAUCCCUGAUCAUAUAAAAUUUGUUAUAAAAAGUUUAUAUACUGAUUUCCAAACCUCGAUAAUUACCUCUGAAUUCCGCACUCCUUUUAUGACAGUUGGCCGUGGCGUAUUGCAAGGAGAUUGCCUCAGUCCUCUUCUUUUUAACAUGUGCUUCAAUACAUUCGUUCAGCAUAUCAAAGCUGAAAAAUACCGUCAAUUUGGGUUUUCCUUCAAAUUACUAAAUCCCAUCCACUGGUUCCAGUUUGCUGAUGACGCGGCUGUAAUUAUUGGCCAAGAAUCCGAAAACCAACAUCUAUUAAAUCGAUUUUCUAUCUGGUGCCAAUGGUCCGAUAUGAUUAUCCGAGUUGACAAAUGCAAGACGUUUGGCAUUAAAAAAGCCAUCACAAAAUCAGUUCAGUACUUGCCAAAACUCUUCAUCGGCAAUCAACUAAUACCAAAAAUCCCUAUUGGAGAAUCAUUUCAAUAUUUAGGACGUUACUUUGAUUUUCACAUGUCGAAUGAUAAUCAUAAAACUGAACUAACCACCCUACUUAAUGAACUAAUGACUGAUAUUGACUCAAAGCCACUACAUCCCAAAAAUAAACUGCUCCUCUACAGUCGCUACGUCUUGUCCAAGUUAGCCUGGCACUUCACCGUCGCAACACUCUCAAAAACAUGGGUUACUGAAAAUAUCGAAUCUAUUGCCAACAAAUAUAUCCGCAGAUAGCUUGAUGUACCAAUAUCAGGAACACUAAGUACUGUCUUUCUAACAAAUAACAAAUUUGGCUUGAGUAUUUAUCCUCCAUCUGUAAAAUUUAUCCAGUGUCAAACAAUUCUCCGAAAAGCUUUAAAAUCUUCUCCUAAUGAAUCAACUAACGACCUGUGGAAAGCAACCAGUAACCAUACUAAUAUCCAAUAUGACGCUUAUAGCUCUGCUAAGGAAGUUCUCAAAGAUUUUCGUUCUGGACACGAAAACAAACUCCUGAACCAAUUAACCAGUCAAGGAUCCUUUUUCUGCAGCGUCACGAAGUUCGCUUUACCCCAGCUUAACAAGGUGAGGUCCAUCGCCCAAUCAAAGCUCCCGAAAAACAUUUACAACUUUACCAUUCGUUACAUUAACAACUCUCUUCCGACGCGCAAAAACCUAAACAGAUGGGCAAUAUCUUCAAAUGCAGACUGUUCUUUUUGUCUAAGCCCUGAAACAUUACUACACAUAGUAGCUGGAUGUCAGUUUUAUCUCGACCGAUUUACGUGGAGACACAAUUCAGUCCUGAACGUUCUUGCUAAUACUUUACAAACUGUUGACGGUUCUACUCUCUACGCUGAUCUACAUGGAUUCAAAAGCCCUUCAAUACUUACUGGUGAUACGUAUUGCCCAGAUUUGUUAUUAUCGUGCUCAAAUGGUUCAUUAUAUGUGGUCGAACUCACCACUGGUUAUGAGACAAACCUCAAGAACAACGUAAAACGGAAGAAGGAUAAAUAUAGAGAAUUAUUGAGACAGCUAGGUAAAAAUUUUAACCAAGUUAAAUUUAUAAAUCUCUCUAUCAGCUCUUUAGGUAUUUUUGCAGAAGAAUGUUCUACAUUUUUAGACAUGUUAGAAA